CCAAUCCACAACUCUUCAACAGCUUCAGCAUCUUCUUUCCCAAAAACUUCAAAAUCUUAAUCUUCAUAACUAGUUUCAAAUGGAUCAAGUUGAGGUUCCACCAUAUUUUCUCUGUCCCAUCACUCUAGAGAUUAUGAAAGAUCCGGUGACGAUCUCAUCAGGCAUAACAUAUGAUCGAGAAAGUAUUGAGAAAUGGAUGUUCUCUCGAGACAACAGCACUUGUCCGGUAACAAAACAAGUCAUUUCGGAUUCAGAAUUGACACCAAAUAUCACUGUUCGACGACUCAUUCAAUCAUGGUGUGUCCUCCAUGCGUCCCAUGGCGUCGAAAGGUACCCGACACCUAAGGCUCCUGUUAGUAAACCACAGCUCCUGAAGAUAUUCAAAGAUGCCAAAUCUCCACAAACGCAAAUGAAAUGCCUUCAAAGAUUGAAAUCCAUUGCUUUUGAGAACGAAACGAAUAAAAUAUGCAUGGAGAAAGCAGGAACGGCAGAUUUCUUAGCUUCCUUGAUUGUUAAGCAAAUCUUGGUAGAAUCUUCAAUUGAAGAAUCAGAAGAUUUAUCUGAAUUGGCAAGAAUUAGAGAUGAAGCUUUAUGCAUUCUUGUCCAUCUCCAACUAUCCGAAUCCGGCCUUAAGUCCCUCUUAAGGAACAAUGGUGAUCAAUUCAUCGAGUCCUUAAUGCAUAUAAUUCAGCGUGGGAGCUAUGAAUCUCGAGCUUAUGCUGUUAUGCUACUGAAAUCCAUGUUUGAAGUAGUUGAUGAUCCAACAGAGUUGACCAUCUUAAAACCUGAAUUCUUCAUCGAAUUAGUCCAAAUCUUGAAGGAUCAGAUUUCUCAAAAAGCCUCAAAAUCUUCUCUGAAAAUUCUUACCAUUGUCUGUCCAUGGGGAAGAAACAAGAUCAAAGCGGUGGAAGCAGGAGCAGUUUCUUCAUUAAUUGACCUUUUACUGGACACUUCAAACAAAAGGGCUUGUGAAAUGAUGCUAACGGUGUUGGAUUUUCUAUGCCAAUGCGCGGAAGGAAGAGCAGAAUUAUUAAAGCACAGUGCAGGAUUGGCCAUUGUGUCGAAGAAAAUACUUAGGGUUUCACAAGUUGCAAGUGAAAGGGGAGUUAGAAUUUUACAUUCAAUUUCGAAAUUCUCUGCAUCUCAUCGGGUUCUUCAAGAAAUGUUGCAGAUUGGUGCAGUGACAAAGCUGUGCCUUGUGCUUCAAGUUAAUUGCGGGACCAAAACAAUGAAGACAGCUGGAGCCAUACUUAAACUGCAUGCAAGAUCAUGGAAGAACUCUCCAUGUGUGCCCAUGGAGUUGCUUGAUUCUUGUCCAUCUAGAUAUAGUGACGGAAUUAGGGGAUAGAUCGAAACUAGUUGUGUGCAUAACUGAAUUUAGUUAAGAGUACAUAUACGGUAGAAUCUAACACACGGUUGAGAAAUAUAUAUAAACUUUUUGGAAAUAAUUCUUCUAUCUUCAAUUUUUUGAGUAUUGAAAAAGUAGGUGAAGCGAAGUGAUUUAUGCUAUUUUGGGAUUCGCUUGUUGCAGUCAAGGAUUUUGUUUCUGUAUUCACUGCUUUGCGAUAUACCAUUUACUGUGUAGAUUUUGUCGUCAUUGAGUAAUCAAUAAUGAAAACACUCUACUCUG